AUGGCCUCCAACAACCCCGACUCAAGCGCAAACCAGUCUGCGAUCUCUGAGGAUCCCAAGACAGACGUCAACGCAGCCGUUGAGGAACUUCUCAACACAAUCUCUAAUAAGUUCGCGGGCGUCUCAAGUGAGAUAUUUGCAAAGAUGGACGAAAUGUCUCGCCGCCUUGACAACCUUGAGGCGGCUCUUCUAGCUAACAAGGAGAAGGACGCCGGCCCGUCCAAGUCGUCUUGA